AUGUCUGUAAAAGUUGUGGGUUGUCACAGCCGAGGAUUUGAUAUUGAUAUUAGUGAGUACAGGCAAGAAUUGCUGUCAAACAUCCUCCAGUGCACAGGACAGCCGUCCACAACAAAGAAUAUUCCUUUCCAGAGUGGCAAUAGUGCUGGGGGUCAGAGGUCAAAGAGUUCUCUCAGGUUACUCUGUAGAAAUGGAGGUACAGGUAUAGAUAAACUUCACAGAAGUGAGAAUGGCAUCUCUACCUUGAACUUGUGGGCUGAGAAUAGCUUCUCCGGAAUCCCAGCAGCUGGCUGGUUUCCCCUGGAGAGUGACGUUUCCUCUGAAGGGGGCAAGGAGGCGGUGAGGGAGCGCAGAGCACAGCUCCUCGGGCACCCUCUGUGGGGCCACAAUCCAGGAAGGUGUCACUGGUCACCAGCCCAACUUUUGGGGGUCUUCCUUACCUGGACUCGCCAGGCCAUGAAUGCCUAUUCCCAGGCCGGCAGCGCUAGGACGGGGCGAGGGACGAGCGGCGCUUUCUUAACCAUAAAGUUCAAAAACCCUCUCCAAGGCUUUUCAAGUUCUAGCUCUGUGGGGUCCAUCAUGAGUGAGAGAUGGGACUCAAACGCUUCAGAAAACUGGCAUGACAUUUGGAGUGUCAAUGACACAAAGUAUCACCUAUACUCAGAUAUCAAUAUCACCUAUGUGAACUACUAUCUUCACCAGCCUCAAGUGGCAGCAGUCUUCAUUAUUUCCUACUUUCUGAUCUUCUUCCUGUGCAUGGUGGGAAAUACAGUGGUUUGCUUUACUGUAAUGAGGAACAAACAUAUGCAUACAGUCACUAAUCUCUUUAUCUUGAACCUGGCAAUAAGUGAUUUACUGGUUGGCAUAUUUUGUAUGCCUAUCACGCUGCUGGACAAUAUCAUAACAGGAUGGCCCUUUGGAAGCACAAUGUGCAAGAUCAGUGGAUUCAUCCAAGGAAUAUCAGUCGCGGCUUCAGUCUUUACUUUGGUUGCGAUAGCUGUGGAUAGGUUCCGGUGCAUUGUCUACCCUUUUAAACCAAAGCUCACUAUCAAGACAGCAUUUGUCAUUAUUGUGAUCAUUUGGGUCCUGGCCAUUGUCAUUAUGUCCCCAUCUGCAAUAAUGUUACAUGUACAAGAAGAAAAAUAUUACCAAGUGAAACUCAACUCCCAGGAUAAAACCAGUCCAGUCUACUGGUGCCGGGAAGACUGGCCAAAUCAGGAAAUGAGGAAGAUCUACACCACUGUGCUAUUUGCCAACAUCUACCUGGUUCCCCUGUCCCUCAUUGUCAUCAUGUAUGGAAGGAUUGGAAUCUCACUCUUCAAGAUGACAGUGCCCCACACAGGCAAACAGAACCAGGAACAGUGGCACAUGGUGUCUAAGAAGAAGCAGAAGGUCAUUAAAAUGCUCCUGAUCGUGGCCCUGCUUUUUAUUCUCUCCUGGCUGCCUCUGUGGACACUGAUGAUGCUCUCAGACUACGCUGACCUGUCUCCAAAUGAACUACGGGUCAUCAACAUCUACAUCUACCCUUUUGCACACUGGCUGGCCUUUUGCAACAGCAGCGUCAAUCCCAUCAUUUAUGGUUUCUUCAAUGAGAAUUUUCACCGUGCUUUCCAAGAUGCUUUUCACCUCCAGCUCUGCCAAAAAAGAGCAAAACCCAAGGAAACCUACACCCUAAGAGCUAAAGACAAUGUGAUUAUAAAUACAUCUCAUCAGUUAGCCCAGGGACCUACCGUUCAAAAUUCACAUGAGGAAAAUUUGCCUUGUAGGAAAAGUGCUGAAAAACCCAAACAAGAAUUGAUGAUGGAAGAAUUAGGGGAAGCUAUCCACAGCAAUGAGAUUUUAAAAGAGCUGGUAUGAUGAUUUUAACUAUACUGUGUGUUAUAUAUAGAAAUACUCUUGCUUUAGCUUUGUACUUCAAUUGUUUCUGAGAAUGUUCUAAAGAAAACAUGUACUGAAAGACCUCUAUGAACAGAAAUGAAAAAAAACCUGUCUUAUGUUCAUAUUCAAUCUUAUGGUAUAUAAAAUAUAUAGAUACUCACAUACAAAUUUGCCUGGAUAAAUCCAUUUUCUAGGAAUAAUU